CACGCCCCGCCCCCCGCAGCGGCCGGGCCAUGGAGCGGCUGCGGCUGCGGCUGCAGCCGGGGGCCGCGGCGGCGGUGGAGGAGUACGCGGAGUACCGCAGAAUUGUAGGUGAGGAUGAUGGAGGAAAACUCUUUACUCCCGAGGAAUAUGAGGAGUAUAAAAGAAAAGUGUUACCAAUCCGGUUACAGAAUAGAUUGUAUGUGAGCUGGAGAUCACCAACUGGCAUGGACUGUAAGCUAGUGGGCCCAGAGACACUGUGCUUUUGUACCCAUAGGUAUAAACAACACAAAACAGAUUUUGAAGUGAUUCCAAAAGAUCGUCCUAUUUGUGUACCUUGUAGAGUGAGCCAUUGUCAAUGCAAGUCCUAUCACUAUGUCCCCUUAAAUGGCACUCAGCCUAUUCGUUGUAGAUGCAAACAUUUUGCUGAUCAGCACAGUGCCACACCUGGAUCUGCAUGCAACUCAUGUUCCAAAUGCUCAGGUUUUCACAGUUCCUUUACCUGUGGCUGUGGUCAGCCAGCAUAUACUCAUGAAACAGUAGUGGAAACUAAACAAGAGCGCUCAGCCAUGGGAAAGCCUGUGGGGCAGGAUGUGCCUUAUGCUGCAAUGGGAGGACUGACUGGCUUCAGUUCGCUAGCAGAAGGAUACAUGAGACUUGAUGAUAGUGGAAUAGGAGCACCGUCAGUUGAAUUCCUAGAGUCUCCUGUUACCAACAUGGACCAUCCAUUUCUAAAAGCAUUCCAAGGACCAUCCAGUUCUGCGCACAUCAGCUCACAGUUACCAGGUAGUUCUGUUGAUGCAAUGCAGGUAUCCCAUGUCAGAAAUUCUAAAGAAGACGACAUGGCUUAUUUUGAAAAGCGGUACCAGGAACGGUUGAAAAAGGAGAAGGCUGCUAAACAGAAAGGAAGAGGUCCAUUGCCAUCAAAAAAUCCAUGAAAGUUGAUGAAAAAAGGAGUUCUUGCAAUACUUGAUACUGAAGCAUAUCUUCAUCAUAUUUAUUGCAUAUCUGUAGUUUUCAGUUUCUUAUUAACAAUAUUGCUGUAUUAAAAUACUGAUAACAUUAAUUUUAAAGUUCUUACGGUCCUUUGAAAUGAAAUUGGUACUUCUGUCAAAGAAGUUUAGCAUAAUACCUAAUCUCUCAAUUACCAUAUUUGCUCAAAGCUGAAAUGAGGUUUUUCCCCCAUUCAAUAUGCAGAAAAAGCCCCUCAUCUUGGAUUUGAGUACUAGGCAGUGGUGCGGAGGGGCGGGCAGCUGCCCUGCUGCUCCAGUUCCAGUUCUCUACUUGCAGGGAUUGGGCUGCGGAGCCUUGUGCCACCUGCCUGCUGGGAUUCACAGGGCCCCAUGCUGCCCCUGUACAUUUCUGAUUUCCCUGCCAUCUCUUUAUACCACAACUGCUUUCUAGGAUCUUUUUUGUCCUAUGACUUCCUCAGCUAUGGCCACCCCACUCCUGUGCCAAACUCAUAAAAUAGCCAUUAAAUAGGAGUAGGCACAGUACAUACUGCAUGAAAACAAAACGACUGAAUCAUCCUGUUUUGUGUAAAAUUCCUUCUUUCCUGAUGUGUUCUCUUGCAUCAUGCCUUAUCCAACUCAGAUGGUGUGCUCCUUGAGACCAGAAACAUGUCUUUAUUCUCAUUGCACAAUAACAUUCAAGACCAGGGGUGGGCAAAAUGCAGCCCGGGGGUCAGAUGCGGCCCGUCAGGCCAUUCUAUCUGGCCCGCAGGGCUGCUAAAAAUUUUAGAAAAUUAAUAUUAAUCUGCCCUGAGCUGCCUGUCAUGCAGCCCUUGAUGGCUUUCUGAAACUUAGUAAGCGGCCCUUUGCCCAAAAUAAUUGCCCGCCCCUGUUCAAAACUGUGGCAAUAUAUUUAUAUAGAUGAAUAAGGUAAUUAAAAAGGUUGGUUAGUUUAGGUAAAACACUUACUUUAAUUAAAAUGUAUAACAUGAUAUUACCAUCUCCAAUUAAUUUUUAAUAUAAAAUUUGUAUUUAUAUUUCCGCUUAGAAAUUAAAAAAUGACAAAAUUUUAUACAGGAGCUAUAAAAUGCACGUGUGCUCCCCCUCCUGGUUUAAUCUCAGCAAUUAUCUAAAUACAUACUAUACAAAAUUAUGUAGUGCAAUGUUGAUACACAUGCUGGGAAAUAAUAUUAGUAAUUUGAAAAGAAAAAAAUAGGGAAAGAUAUUUUAAGUUCAGUUUAGAAAAGAGAGUUGCAAACUAAAUGGGGGAGGUCUGGUUUUAAAAAUUUUUCUCACCCCUGCAACUUUCUUAAAUAGGGAGAAGGGUCUUAGAAAUGUAUAUAUGUCAGAGAUUAGAAUAGGAUUUUCUCUCUACACAACAAGUAUCUUUAAAUUUGUAGUGGUAAUGCACAGUCUCUUUCUUGCAUUUGCUAACAAGUUUGUUUUUAUGUUUUUCUAUGCUAGUACUAUUAAAUUCCUAAUUUUAGGACAAUUUAAAGACAUUACUUUUGUUGAAUAUGUUUGAGAUUUUCAAUUUAAAAAUAUGAUCACACUUGUCCCCAUUAAACUGUGUUAAUUGGAAACUAGUAAAUUAAUGUUUAUUGAUGUAUCAUGUACUUCCUUUCAUAAUUAAAAAAAAAAUUGUCAGAGCAACAUAUUGAGUAUAGAAGGAUAGGUAUUGCUGUGUCUAUGCCAGUAGUCUCCAACCUUUUUAGGUUGGAGAUCACUUUUGGAAUUUAAGAGGAACCGAAGAUCUACCCCACCCCAGCAGGUAAGUUUGUGAGGAGGGGCAGGGGGAAGGGCAGAUGGAGGCCCUAGCCCUACCCCGCUCCCUCCCUCACCGCUGGGGCCUCGAUCAUACCCCCCUGUCCAUGGUGGUGAGGCAGGGGCAAACCCUACACAGCUGGGGUGGGGCGGGGGACAGAGCUGCAAGCAGCUCAUCUGGGGAGCAUGGGGGGAGUGGGGCACACAGCCCAGGAGGGCAUGGGGGGGCAUGUGCCCCCCGGGUCUGCAUGUGGGGCGGGGUGGGCUACGGCCGAGGAAGCACUGGUCUCUUCCCGGCUGGGCUGCACUCAGGCCAGGUGGCUGUGGCAGCAGCGCUGGGAGCGGGAUCACAGGGUGGGGGUGUCCCCGCUCCCAGCACCACCUCUGUCCGUGCCAAGUGCAGCGCGGGAUAGGCCUGGUGGGAACAGCCUGGUGCGGCCUUCCUUUUCUUCCAGCUCUCAGUUGCAGCCUGCCCUCCCCCACACCUGCCAGUCCCUGGGCCCCAUGUUCUCAGGGGGAGGGGAAGGCUGUGCUGGGCUGUUCCCACCAGGCCUGGCCCAUGCGCUCAGCGGCAGCUCUGGGAACUAGGAUUGGGGGGACUAUGCCCCCUGCUGUGGCUCCACUCCCAGCACUGCCACUGCAUGCAGGAAGCAUGCAACUGCAUUGCUCUGGAUCCACCCCUUGACUCAUCAGUAUAAUGGUGUGACUACUGCCACUCAGCUGCACCUUUUCAAAGUACGUGACUUAAAUUCGAAGGGAUCUGGGGUGGGACAGAUUACCUGCUAUCAUAUGUGGACACAUGGAGUUGUUUAGUUAUAAUUGCACAGACUUUUUACAAUCCUUAAGAACUAGUACAUUUCAAGCAGUUGCAUUUCAAAUAAAAUAAAACCCAUUGCUUUUAUUGUAGCACAUGUAAAGAAAACAGGAUUGCUUUGAUUACUUUUAACCAGCAUGAUUAUUUUUCUCUUAUAGAAGGGAUUCCUUGAUAUGGUGGCCUGCAAUAGCAGGGGAUUGGACUCAGUAAGCCAAAAGGUGUCUUUCAUUCCUUUAUGUCAGAACUUAGUAGUUAAGUGCCUCGGCACAGUGGAAUUUUCUAGCACAAUGAAGCUUUUCGGCACGGUGAAAUUUUCCGCUACAGUGGAGAACCCCGAUGCAGAAAAGUUCCCGCCAUCCUUAUGUAAAUACGCACACCAUUAUUGGUUGGUUCUAAAUUAUUCCUACGUGGCAACUAGCAAUUGGUUCACUAGCCGUAUAAAAGUUAGAGCAGUUUCCGCCCAAGUCGGAGAACUCCAUGCCCAUCUCGGAGUGAACUUGGCGGACUGAUCAACCACCAACGACUCCCCGUCAUCGACUUUCCCAACGUACCCUGUGUCCUGCAUGCUCGUUGAAUUGCUGUACUCCGUGUCCUGCAUGCUCGUUGAACUGUUGUACUCCAUGUCCUGCAUGCUCAUUGAAUUGUCCACAGACAUCUCACCUCGGUUUCUAGAGCUCUCGUUCGGUUUGCAACUGAAACUGAAGUUAACUCUUCGCCUACGCUGUAUCCAUCGACAGUGUAAGUAAAGUAAUCUUGGAUUAAUA